AUGCUGCAUUGCAUUAUCUGCCCUGGACAACCUCGAUUCAGCGACGUCUCCCACUUGCUGACCCAUGUCGCUUCCAAGGCUCAUUUGUCCUAUUACUUCAAGCUUCAAGUCCGCAGCGUCGGCGAGGCUCAAGCCAAUGAGCUACUUGCAGAGUACGAUCAUUGGUAUUGUACCAAUAGUCUCGCCCAGUUGCUGUCCGACAGGAUGACGUCCAAGGAAGACCGAAAGAAAAAGAGAAAAACCCAGCCCCAGAAGACGGUCGGUUCCAGGAUUGAGCAUACGCAGAGAAGAUCGCGACGCUCGAACCCAAAAAAUCUCCUUUCCCCUGAAGCUCCUGCUUUCCCCGACUUCCUGGAUCCUCGCCUGGUGGACUCUCCAGAACAAGUGAAGUGGGAUUCAAGCACCCAGGAUUCGUCAUUGAAUCUGAAAUCUGCCACUCCGCUUACGUCUGCGGAGACCGAUGCCAAUGCCACCAUGCAAAUGGGUCUUAACUUCGGGCUGGUUUCAACGCCGCCAAUGCGUACUGUGACACAAGUGGAACAUGGACACAACCGUGGAUGUGCAAAUAUGAGCUAUGCCAUUUUGCCGGAAACACCGAAACGCCUUCGAGCCAGAGGCAGACCGAGUGCAAUUUCUUUGGCCAUGGGCCGCAACAUAUCGGAUCCUUUCGUUGAUGAGAUGCGUACUGAAGUAUCGGACGAGAUCGAUGCUGACAAGGAUCGGGCAGAUGAAAUGGCCAGACUUAAGGGUAUUCUGUGGCCAGGAAUGGACAUAUUUGAUUCAGCGACCCAGCAGAUGCGACGCAAGCGCAAUCAGAAAAAGGACCGGGGUGUGUUGGAGAUGAUGGAGUUGACAUCGUUGCAGGUGGAGCCCACUGAGCUCAUAUUCUCCCCAACGGGGGUCUUCCGGAAGCAACGCGUGAUAUCUGGCAAUGUUGAAGAUGAUACCCCUCUGAAAGGAGAGACGCCCAUCCCAAAAAGGCGCAUUUCACGUCCUAAGAAUGGAGUCCUCCGCCAGGCUGACCCCAACUUGCCUCGCGCUCAAGACAGGAAGCGCGCUAAGAAGAGUGUGAACAACAACCGCAACAGGAAGGAAUUGGAAACCUUCGAUACCAAUGAUACAUCCCCUUGCCCGUUUGCUGGGGGUUUGAAGGGCCUCAACCCAUCAUACGAUGAUGAUAGUGAGAUUGGUCUCGCUAUGCAAGCGUUUGGAAAACGACGCGGUAAUGGUUUUACCAUCUUUGCAGAUGGAGAUGGACCAGCACUAGAAUGCAACGACCGAUCCGGGUACGGCGAUGUUCCACGGGACAAUUUGACUCCAGCACGUUUGAUUCUGAACCACAAAUCGGACGUUAACCAUGUGGCAAAGCCUCGUCAAACUGCUCAAGACAAGGAAAACAUCGAGCCGAUCAUGAACGCCCAGCGCCGAAUAGAUUUUCAGGAUUGGCAUUCACCCUUCCCCAGACAAAUUGAAACUGACAAUGCCGGCUACACACCUCGAUUCUACUAUGAUGAGCCGCCGUACGGCAAUCUUGGGUCUGAUGGAUCCGACAAGACUGGACAUCGAUCCAACCCUCUGCUGGCCCCGAGCUCAAAGUUGGGAUACUACCAGGCAAGCCCAUAUGGGAAUGACAUGACGAUGAACCCCAGUGACUGGACAACCACUCACAUGCAACACCGUGCGGUGUCUUCUGAGGCGACUAUCUCCGAGCAGGAUCAGCAUGACCUUGCCCGCCUUUAUUUGGCCACCAAUGCCGACUAG